AUGUGUAACAGCAAAGAAGGUUUGAUUGCGGCGAUAAAUGCAGAGAAACACGUCAUGAUAGCAGCACAGGAUCGACCAGAUCUCCUCAAAACGGGUCAGUAUCUUCGCAUUCUAACCAAUCUUGGGAUUCUCCAUACGGACGCCGGAAACUGGGAUGAGGCACUGAAAUGGCACCACCUCGCAAUCGAGACUUGCAUCAACUGCGGCAUGCAGAAGGAGUCCAGUCUUGGCAAUCUGACGCAGAAUCUCGCUGGAACCUAUCUAUGGAAGGGAGAGCUGGAGAAGGCUGAGGAGGUCGUCCGUCGGGCUUUGACAGAGCCCAACUCUACUCCCAUGGCCGCAAAUUUCACAUUGGGCACGAUCCUGUGGAAGCAAGGCCGGAUCAGAGAGUCGCUUGAUCUUCACAAACGGGUCUUGACAGACUACAUCAAUCUACUUGGCCCCACGCACCCCGUCACCGCAAACUCAUGGCGCAGGGUUGGCUGUCUCUUUGCGACAAGUGAUUACUCAGGCCGGGAUCUGUCAGAAGCAGAACAAUGCUACCGACAAGCGUGCAGCAUCUGGAAGAAUCUAGCCGCCAGGGGCGACCAGGAUGCCACCAUCUACCAUGGAAACCACGCCCGGACCAUAUGGUCGCUGGCCGCCGUGCUCGAGGAACAAGGACCACAGCACCAAGAAGAAGUUCAGAAACUCCGUGACCAGACAAAGGAUUAUGUGCGAGCGCAAUUUAACGGAAGUCUGCCUGAACACCAGGAGGUGCCUGAGUUGUUGUACGGCAUGAUAUUCUACUGGGACCGAUAA